ACAUUUGGCUUACCGGCAACGAAUCGGAUACUGCAGUUUCUGACGUGCGGCUCUGUCGUGAGCACCUUUUUAUUCUUGCGCGAAUCACUGCCUUGAUUCCCGUGUAAUAACGUACUGUCCUAAAAGUGAAGCGAGAAAGAUGCGUCUCGUCAAACACAUCGUGAUUUUGUUCACGCUUGUCGUAUUUUCUUCGAUCCCCGUCCUCGGAUUUCCGGACGGUGCGCCGGUGGAUGCUUGCGUAAAGCCACGGCCUAAUCAACCCUACCACGGCGAAGCGCGGUCGCAGCCCUUGAACACGAGCCCUUACAAGAUUGUGGCCUCGUCGGCGCAAUACGGACCGGGCUCUCAGAUCACAGUCACCAUCGGAGGCGCCCCGUUCAAAGGAUUUUUCCUGCAGGCACGCGAUACCGAGACGAACAAAUGGAUCGGCUCCUGGGCGCAAACCCCGAACACGAACACUCACCCUGAGUGCAGCGCGGUUACGCACGCGGACCCGCACGACAAGGAGCAGGCAACCUUCAUCUGGAACGCGCCCCCGAAUGCACAAGGCAGCGUUUAUUUCACUGGCAGUAUAUUAAAAGACUACGCGACGUUCUGGGCUGAUCUGACCUCACAGGCAGCGCAAUAAUAAUUCGUCACCGUACUAUCAGCCGUCUCAGACGUCGACGAAGUGCUUUCGCCAAAGGAUAGGUUUUCCACGUUUAUACCGAGAUACUAAAAUCCCCCGUCGUGCAUCUCGAUAUAUAACCCGUUGUGCAAUGUUUCAUCCUGUAUAGAUUCUGUAUUUUUGUACGGUGCACCGUGUCGCAAAAAUGCGGUGCACUGAAUGUUUUCCCAGUGAUAAUAAAAAAAUUGUCAAGAACA